GUGUGUGUAUGUGUGUGUGUUUGAGAGAGCGCGCGUUUGUCAGCGAUAGCCAGCGGUGCAGCGGUGUACGUGCGUGUUGGCGCAGUGUGUGAAUUUUCACAAUCGCGAACAUUCAUAAUCGAAAUCAAAGAUAUCCACAAAAAGAGCAAAAAAAACUUCCAGCUGUUAUCCAGAGCUUGCGUAUGUGUGUGUGCGUGUGUCUGAGUGCUUAGAUGUGUCUGUUUGUGAGCGACCAAGUGGGCAGGUGUGCUAAAUGUGUGUCAUUUGUCAGUGGCCGAGCAUUUGAUGUGAAAGUUUUCAUCCUGUGCCUGUGUGCAGCGUGAUAAGCCAUCGAUUGUAUGAUUACAGUGCAGCAUAAAAAGGCCUCACAACCAACAGGCUCCCUUUUUUAGAGGCGUUUAGACGUGCAUUAAUGAGUAUGUGUGUGUGUGUGUGUGUGUAGGUGUCCAAUUGUGUAUAUUGCGAUGGUCACUUCCGUGUGGUGAUGCGAAGUGUUCCGGUGCGCCAUAAAGGUGUAUGAAGCGGAGCUGUAUGUGAACAACCAACCAAGCAGAGUGAGCGUGCAUGUGUCUUCACUUUGGGCGCUCGUGUUUAGGAAGUUAUGUACUGUUUCCGUUUUGACUGGGAUCAGCAGUGAGGAUAUUUCCUUAUCGAUUGUAAAGGUUCAUCCACUCACACGAAAACAAAACACAAAAUGGCCGACCAAGGUCAAGCACCACCGAUAACGUCGGCACCGAAGCGCAGCACCGACCAUCCACAGUGCUCCAUCGGGAUGCCCGCCACCUUCCAGCAACAUCUGCACGGUUCGGAAUCGUGCAAAAACUCGCCCAACGUGCCCCGCCGACACGAUCCCGCACACCAUCUGCCGCACCAUGCGGCCGCCCUGCUGCUGCUCGAAAGCGGCUCGCAAAGCGCCAAAUCGUCUCCGCUGCCGAACAGGCGGCUCGACAAGCUGCAGGGCGUGAUUCGGGAUCAGCGAUCGACACCGAUCGUCGGUCGGCGCGAGGGAAGCGAGAUGGAAGCGUUCGAUUCGCCGCUCGUCUCGCGCCGCUUUCUGCAGCAGCAACCGUGCGAGUGUGCCGGUGGAUCGGCCGUACCGGCACCGGCCAAGCGUCGGGCCGCGUCCGAGUGUGUGUGCAGCAGUGCGGAGCCACAGGUGAUGCGUAAGCGCGUUGAUUCGGACUGCGGCAGUACGAGCAGCAGCUGUCUGCGCAAGAACGUAGUGCGUCACAAUUUCGGACUUGCCAGCGGUGGUACGGGCGGCGGUGGUGGUGUAAGUUCAUGUGAAAAUUCCCCCGUUCCGGUGCGUCGUCAGUUUGGGGCUGCGGUAGGGCAGGCGUAUCCUGCCUCCCCAGCCAAAAGUGUGCUCGGUGAGCCGGGAGUGUUUUCGUCGCCUGUGCAUCGUCCAUACCACCAUCAUGCGGCUUCAGGUGCAGGGUUUCAUGGCCCAGCCGGUGGUAGCCCGGCGAAGAGUGUUUUGGGUGAGCCGGGAGUGUUUUCAUCACCGGCACGGAGCAUUGUCUGUAGCCCACCUGGUGGUGAGCCGAGAGGUGGUGGUGGUGGUGUUGGUGCCGGUGGGGAUGGUAUGGAAGAUACGGAUCAAGGUGUUAGUGUUAGUGGGGCAAGUGAUGUGCUCGCAGGUGAUCAGACAAUCGUGUCCGGCUGGUUGAAGUUUCGCGAUAACAAAAAGUGGAAAAUCCGAUGGGGUGUCGUAACGAAGCUCUCACCAGCUGCAGAUUGCCUUCAUCUGCAGCUCUACCGGGACUCGAAGGAUCGCUACAAAAACGGUCAAACGAAGGCAUCGCUCUCGCUGCAGCACUUUCUCGGCGUGGAGUCGGGUUUCACGCUGGACAAGGAGUCCAACACGAUAGCAAUCAUCUGCCAGGACGUGAUAGUCGUGCUGGCAUUCGAUACCCGCGAAAGACUGAUACAGUGGCAGGUGAAGAUAUCGAACAAUCUUGGGGACGAUCUCCAGUACCUGGUUCUGGUGUCAUCGGCACCACCGAAAGCGAAACUAUCCACCGGACCCGCCCGGAUGCACAUCCAGGAUCAUCGGUUCUGUCUGACCACGGGCGUUCCUCCCCGGUUGACCGGGCUAUGGCAAAUCGAGCACUUAAGACGGUACGGUGUGGUGGACAAUCGGUUUUGCUUCGAAGGUGGCUCGAGCUGCGGGAAGGGCGAGGGCCUGUACGUGUUUGUGACGGAUCUGGGCGAGGAGAUAACGCACACGUUUAAGCUGGCGUCGCAGGGCAAGCUGGCGAGCAAGAAGCGGGCAACGGCGAGGAAAAUUGCAGCUCUCGACAGUCCCCGCAAGGGCGCAGAAUCACGCUCGACGAACUACAACGACGAGAUCUGCACCGUGCAUAUCGAAAACUCGAGCUGCACCUGCCGGAACUCGUACUGGCCGUCGACGGAAUCGCGUGACCUGGACAGCAACUACGGCUGCGGUGAUACGGCCUCCGUCUCCGAGUGCCACGACAGCAUCAACGAUUUGGACUCGUUCCCAAGGAAUACGGUGGCCAAUCUCGAACGCUGCAUGAGCUGCAUCUCCAAGCUCGGCGCCCCUUCCAUGUCGCGCAGCUCCACCGUCACCGGGACGCCCGGGGCCGUCGCCCCACUGCCCGCCUGGCACAUGCUAACCGAGCACAACAACCACAUCAAUCAAACGCACAAACUGCCCGCACCGCAGCUAGCGCUCGACCGGAUGUCGCUCUGUUCGCACGGCAGCAGCAACAACUCGGAGUACUCCAUCCCCCGGCAGACGUGCGGCGGCGGCCCGGGUGAAUCGAGCUGGUACGAGAAGGCACCGAGCGGACAGCAGCAGCAGCCGGGUGCACCCGCCUGCAAUCACCAUCGCUCAACGUCGCCCUGCAGCUGUCCGUCUGUUCCGGGCCGACCGCCAAAACCGCGAGACAUUGCACUGCACAUAACGGCCCCCAUCCAUACCGCCAUCAGUAUGUCGACCGGCAAGACCCCACAGCAGCACAGCGUCGGCCCGUACGAAAACUACGACAUACCGAAGACGCCGGUCGCCUGCGAUGGCUCGUCGUCCGGCUGCACGCCGGGCGAGAACUACGAUACGCCGAAAAAAAUACAAGAGUACCUGUCGAAGGAGGGCAAGGAUGCGGUGGACGGUGCCGGCAACUACGGCAACUACGACAUGCCAAUGUCCCUUACAAAAGCAGUGUGCAGCUGCCUGUCCGGUGGGGCGGACGCACCACCACUACAACCGCCACUGAAAGGGCCCGACCGGGGGGUGGACUGUACCUGCCAUCGGGUGAUGUCGUGGGCGGACAACUGGAUCUCGCUGCCGCUGUGCAAGCGGGGCAACGGGAUCGAAAACACUGCCGCGGUGCAGGUGAACAAGGUGAAGCUGAGCGGGGAGGGCAAGAUGCCGGUGAUGGAUGCGAGCGGUGCGGGCGAUGGGGCGAGCGGCGCGAUCUACGCCACCGUCGAUGUGACGAAAAAGAUCCGCAAAAGGCUGGAGCAGGGUGCGUGCGCGUGCGAGGAACCGCUCGUGACGCAGCCGCAGGCCAGCGGUCCGAAGCAGCUGCCCGCCAGCUGCUACGACAACUACGAGGAUGUGGAAAUCAAACCGGAAGCGGCGGCGGUGGCAGCAGCAGCGGGAGCCAACUACGCCAAUCUGGAGUUUGAGCGGUCGCUGGAGAACUACGAAAACUCCAAGGAGGUACUGCAGCGCGCUGGCUUAUGUCUGGCGGGGCUAUCGAACGAGGACGAAGAGGAGGAAGAACCGCGCCUGUGCCACAAGUGUGGACAUCCGAGUGUGAAAACGCCCGACACGGACACGGAGAAUCGACCGGACGGUGCUGGUGGUACGGAGCAACCAACGGCGACAACGUCAACGGACGAUAAGCAAGAAAACUACAUGAUGAUGGAACCGGGCAACAAGAAGUCCAAGUUCCCGGGCUAUAUUCCCAUGUCGCCGGCCGCUCCGACCGGCGCGUGCGGUGCAACCGAACCGGGCGAUGGAACGGUAUCCCCUACCGCACCACCGCUACCCUCCAAAUCGGACCUGCUGAAGCAGCGCAUGAGCCGCAUCAUCGGCGAAAAGUCGGCCAGCAAUCCGAGCCUGUGCGGGCCGGCGGUGGACCGCAGCCGGAAGCGAAUAGACGACGAGUCGCGCGUCCCGGGCAGUGCGAUGCUGCGUGCCACCCUCGCUAGCCCGUACGCCCGCAAGCAGCUCAUGGACAGUAGCGAUCUGCUGCCCGCCUGCGCUGCGGAGAAGGCCCGUCUCUCGCCCAGGAAACGGUCCGCGUCGGCAGAGUCGUCCCGCUUUCUGGACGCGGACGGCGACGAGCUCGAAAGCCCGCUCAGCGGGACGGCUUCCCCCAGCACGGAAACGCUGCUGCGCAAGACGCCAACGCCCGGCUCGGCGACGGCCCUGCGGCGAUCGUCCUCGCCGUGCGUCCACCAGGAGAUGGAGGCGUGCGACAAAUCGGCAGCGGCGGCCACCGAAGCCGAGGACGACCUGUCCGCCUCGACGAACCCUGCCUCGAGUCAGGCUUCCCAGUCCGUGUACAUCCGGCGGUCGGAAAGUGUGCCGUGCAAGGCACAGAACCGGGACAGCUCCAGCUCGAACGAUUCCGGCGUCUCGACUGGCUCGCUGCGGCAGCGCGGCACUGACUUUACCGACUUUGAGCUUCCGCUGACGACGGCCAUGUCGGCCCGGCGCCACCAGCGGCACGUGCUGCCGGCCCAGAACUGUGUGCAUGCGUCGCUGCCACGCCGCUCGAAAUCGUUCGAUCCGCUGCGCGAGCUUUCCUUCCAGUUCCAGAAGGUGCGCGUGCCGGAGAAGAGCACUUCGGCCGAGGCGGAGGUGCCCGUCUGUCCGCCCAAGGCGAAGGACGCGAUGAUGGCCGGCGGUGUGCCUGGUGCACCGUACAUUGAUUCGCGCAGCACCAGCAGCGGCACGUCCGACAUGUCCGACUACAUCGAGACGCUUUCCCUCUCUAGUCACAGUUCCUCCGAUACGCCCGAAGGCAUGAGGCACAUCCGACAGGCGACAUCGACGCUAAGGCCACGCUCUGGCAAAGAGUAUCAAAAUAUCGAUCGCUCGAUACUGUCGCUCACGCAGGCGAGCACGACGGACGCGAUCAAGAUGCCGGGCACACCGUCCCAGCUGCGCGGGCUGCUCUCCUGUUCGGCCAACUACGCCAACAUCACGCCCGUGCCGGAAAAUGCCGAAUCGCCCAGCCCCGGCUACCAGAGUGGCACCUCGCCGCAGGACGCACAGGGUCAGCAUUUUAUGUUUAAGAACUCAUCGUAAAACCAAAAACACACAACCUGCAGCAGCAAAGCCAAGGUAUUGUACAGACAAUUUCAUUAAUUUUAAGGUUCGUUAAGCGCACGUGUCUGCAGUGUGUUGAGAACGAGGUGAAAUAGUCACACCAAGAACGACAACAACAAAGCAAAACAAAAAAAAAAAAAAAAAACAGACCCAAAAACAUUCAAUGAAAGCAAUAACAUUAUGAAGUAUAAAACAUUUGUUUUUGUAUGUUAGUCAGUACGAAUGGUAUAAAAAAGAAAACUAGAAAAUCAAAACAACCAAAAACCCCAGUACUCCUGCAAACGUUAGUGGAAAUUGUACAGGUUUUUGUCCUUAGUUUGCUACCUUUAAAACAAGCCCCACACACGUUCGACUAGGAACGUUGGCGCAAGCAGUAAGAAGCAUUGCUUAUAUCGAUGCUGUAAUAUAAAAACGCAAACACACCUACAAAUGCGCUAGCGGGGGUGGCUUUUUGUUUUUGCUCUCCCCCAGCAAACCAGCAAGCAGCAAACUCCUCGCGCCGCGAGCGAGUUUACCCGGAGACAGAAAAAACAUAAAAAUUGAUCGCUUACAUUGCAAGAAAUCCCACCAACGACUGAUGCCACCGCCGGGCCGGGAAGAAGGAACGGCACUCACGAAAACGGAAAGAAAACGUCCGGAAAAGAACGAAUUGCAGUUGGGUCUGUUGUACCGGCUGCAGGCGUAUUGUUGAGCGCGCCCGCUCACUCCGGUGUGCCGCCGCGUCGCUCUGUUUGAUUGUAAUUAUUUAACCUUCCGAUCCUGGAAGGCAUUACUCGUGGCCCGUUCCCAUUCAUGGAUUACCUGGACCCCGUGAAGUUCCGUGAAUGUGUACCGUGGUGAAGACUUUCCUUCCCAUUGUCAUCACCGUCACACCGUCGCAAUGAUGAUUGGAGAAGGGAGGGGGGGGGAGGUGCAAACAAUGGAAACAUAUUCUCCAAGUGUUUUACCGUCUUCUGCUGUAAAGGUGCGGACGGAAUCCAUUUCUAUGUUGGGGUAAAGCGAAGGGAGGGGAUAAACUGGAAGAGGAAAUGGUACAAAAUGGAGACAAUGAUGCGAAAGAAUUGCUUCCUUGUAAGUAUCACAGCAUCUCCACCCCUCGAAGAUGGAAACAAUAAUAAGUUUCCGAUGAGAGUGAGUGGAGCUGUGGCAGUGUGGCUGGUGUGUUGGUAUAUAUAUUUUCACAUUCCCCAAAAGUGGGUGGAAAAUCGUAAAAACAGAUAGACUUCCGUCAUCUAGGGAAUGUUACACUAGAGUUGGUAAAUAAAAUAUUUCCCAUCCACCGAGUUGUGUUUCACCGAGAUGUAACUUUUGUGACACUCGCACACACAUACAAUCGAUAUUGUGUGAUAAACAUUGAUCGUUACGAUUGAGCUCUCUGCCUCUGCCAGGUAGAUGGCGUGUAUUCGCGUGUUUCGUCGUUGGGUGAACAUAUUUUUGAGAGAUUAAAACAAACACCGCCACUUCGGGUUGAUGAUAUUGGUUGAUGGCUUUUGUGUCGCUACUGUUUGUUGAGACGGAAGAUGUGGAUUGGACAUUAUUUCAAUAUUUGAACAUUGCCAUGAAGGUUGAAGGUGGUGCAAAUAUUUGUGCAUCCCGAAAACUUCAACUUCUAUUUUCUAACAAAUCAAAAAUGUCACCAGCAUCAUUUUUCGUCGAAGAGACCAUGUAAACAUAUAAAAUGAAAAACAGUCAUUGGCAAACUUGUAAGUGGAUUUUGUGCAAAAAAAAAACGAGUAAGCGAUUGAUUUCUGUAAAUAACAAAUAAAAACAUACAAAACAAUGCAUAUACAUGAAAAACAAACACACAACAACUGAAGCAAAUCUCAAAGCUGAAAGAGAAAAAACUGACAGAGAAAACAUGCCAAAAACAAAACUGAGACAAAAGUGAAGCCUAAUGGGGAAGUAUCUGUAGUAAAAGAGAAUCGAACUUGUUAAACAUAACAAAACAGGAAAAAAAAACUGAACUAUUAUUAACUCAAAUACGGCGCAAGGAACGUGCAAUGUAGAUAAAUGAAAAAUGUCAUACGUCAUGCCAGUCUCUCAUCAACUCACCCUGCUGCAAAUGCAAAUUGUUGUGCAAUCUUUCUCCUUUUUAAACGUCUCUGUUCAGCCGACGAGAUGUUCACACUGCAACUAUACAUGAAAACUGACUGAAAUCAUCCAAACACACACCUUUUUCUCUCAUACUUCCUUCAAUGUCCCUUAAACCAUUUCCAUUGCUCUAUUUUCUUAAUCUGCCCGUAAUCCUUUACGACUACGCCAUUCGCUAGAACAUAAACGAAAGAAUAUGCCUUAAACUUUAUUCCUGAUCGAACACCUACACCGACAUAUGCAUACAUUCGUUUUCUGUGAAGAUUUAUAGUUUAUUCAACGAAUAACAAAAAAAAAGCACAAAACAUUCACCACCCAUCUCAUCCGAAGGUUUUGGCAUUGAAAGUAUUUUUUUUGUAGAAAGAUAUACAGAAAACAUUCAGAGAACCUUCACACAUUUGCCGGAAUCACGAGAAUCACGAAAGAAAAGAAAAAACGCCACAAAAAUGAUAACCUGUAAUAUAUAAACUAUCCCACACGCAAACGCAAAGCUAUGUGCGUAAAAUAACAUAAGCCAAGCAAAUAAUCCAUUGUUUAGUAUUACUCAAACCAGUGAGUGGUGAGCAAAGAAAACAAAACCGAAAAAAACACAUACCCCCACUCACACCUGUAACCAAAGUUUAGCACAAUUUUAUCGCCACACGAAACAACUGAAACGGACAAAACUUCCGACUGCUGCCGAAAGCACGCCCUUGGCUGCCCCGGGAUGACAGAGAGAUUGAUUUUUUGCCCAGACCUGUCGCCAGUCGUGUGUUUGCGGGGCAGUGGGCUCGUAGAUGAUUUUAACGAACGAAAUCAUUCGAAAAACAAACCCCCCCAUUUAUCUCUACUCACAUUCAAAACCGACAGCUGCAAAUAGAACGCUGAAGCAAAUGAACGGUGUUUGCUGAGCACACUGCUGCUGUCUGUUGCUAGAAAGACAGUUCCAUCACGGUGUAAGGAGAGUUUUACAGAGUGUGUACCACCCCUAGCAAGGUGCGGUGGCUCCGAAUUUUCAGGAGUCAAUUUCGAGCAAUGUUUGUUUCUUUUUUCUACGAAUAUAUGUACACGUAUAUUCUAUACAGGGAAUACCAUGGUUUAGCAAAAGAGGAGCGAGAGAAAGAGAGAGAGAGAGAGAGAGAGAGAGGGAGAGAGAGAGAGAGAAGCACAUACAUUUAAAAUCAAAUUUCAGUAGGCAAAUCGAAGGCGAAAGCUCGUAAAUGAGCCCUGCGGAGCGCAGAAACGGAAGAAAACUUUCGACUUAAAAGGGACGGGCUGAACGGUUUAAUGGAAUGAAAGGUCUUAGUUUAGGUGUACCAUUUUUUGCUACCAAUUUUACACACCGGCAUAGCAAAACCGAGCUUGCUGGACGGUCGGUACAAAAAAAAACGAGUAGCAUCGGGACAUUCAACACAAAUAAAAAAUAGCAUUGACACAACCAGCAUUGGAUGAAGAGGCAAACGAUGUGCGACGAUAGGAGAGCAAACACGUCCCUAUGUUGUAAGACAAAAUUAAGAUAACAGAUGUAUCAAUUUGUUUAUGUUUUACGAAAGAUAUUUCAGUGUGUUUGAGUUUAUUUAAAGGGAACUCCUGACUAGUUUGCAUGAUAGAUUUUUAAUCAAAACAAAACUUAUAUGCAAUAAUUUAUAAUACGUUUCCAUUUCACUUUACUUCUAUUCUUGCGAGGAAAAAAAACAAAAAAACGAAAAGAAAAGACGAGAUAAUUCAAAAGCACAGAUACACUGAUGUGCUUCCACAGUUUAGCGCUGCGUUUGCGUAUACACGAUUUGUGUGUGAUACACGCAAGCCAGGUGUUUGUAAAUAGGAAAAAAAGUAUGUAAAACCAAACGAGCAAACCCAUAUUAACACUAUUUGAGUAUUUAUUGGAUUAUUGCAACACAAAACCAAACGAACGCAGACAGCAAGUAGUGGUUAGCAGAAGAAGAUGAAGAAAAAAACGAAAGAAAACAAGCGAUGAGACAAGAACGGGCUUAGCGAGAAAAGCCGUAACAGGUUACGGGUGAAUGCUCAAUACACCAAGCAAACGGUAAAAGGAAGUACGUGUAAGCAAAGGGCGAAUGAAUCUCUUUUACGCAAAUCAACCCCAACCAAGUCCAUUUUGCCACCCGGAGCUAAUUUUUAUGCGUUCGUUUCGCCCGCUAAGCCCGCUAAGGGCUCAACAAAUUGGCUAACUGAUGGCUUCCGUCAAAUGGUGUGUAAAGCCCGGAAAUGAAAGGACGGAGAAGAAAACAGAGGAUCAUACAGAAGACGAACGCUUACGAACGUCGGCUAAAACAUUAAAGUCAAAGUGACAUGCAAAGAGAAGGUGGAGGAGCUGGAGGAGAAAAAGCAGGAAGAAAAAGUAUGCAAAAGUCCAAAAAUAAAGUUUAACGACACUUUCAUGAAACAUAUA